GUGAAUACAAUACCAUCAUCUCAUUCAAGAAAACACAUACGGUUAGCCACCAAACAGAUCAGAAGUCUUUCACCAAGGCAAAUAAUAACUUCCCUAUGCCUUUUUAAUUGAUCGAACAAAGCAACACAUACAUGUAAUGGAUCUUCCAUACGCGGCAUGGUUACCUGAGCUAGAUAUGGUUGAUGCUCGUGAAUUCAUGAACCAAAUUCAACAAACAUGUCCUUAUAGUGAGUUUGUGGAUUCAUUUUCUUCACAAAGUUUCCAAGGUUACCAGAAUUUGGUCAGGAGAGACCAAUCCAUUAAUGCAACCACCAUUAGAGGAGAUUUGAACAAACAAGAAGGCUAUAAGGCUACUACAACCAACACUUUUAUGGGUGGAUCCACACCCAGCACUUUCACUAUAUCCUUUGGAGACUUAACCUCAACAACAGCUGUUAACAAAAAUCAAUUCUAUGGAGGAUUCAAACGUAAAGAGGAGAUGAAUCUCAAUGAACUUCUUGGAUCCAUAGAGUUCCCAAAAAGAGUUUCCAGCACAAGAAGAAACCAUAGGCAAGCCCAAGAGCAUAUAUUGGCUGAAAGGAAGAGAAGGGAGAAGCUCACUCAGCGCUUCGUUUCUUUGUCUACUCUCCUACCUGAAAUUAAAAAGAUGGACAAGGCUACGGUGCUUGAAGAUGCGAGUAAAUACAUUAAACACCUUCAAAACCGAGUGAAGGAACUCGAAGAAACAUCAAUUAGCGGGAAAAAUAUCAAUCAAGAAUUAUCAACUGCUUCCAUUAGGAAAUCCGAGUAUCGUUGUAGUAAUGAACUAUAUGCAUCCUCUUUUGAUGACCAAAACUCCUUACCUUGUAAUGCCACAAAUAAUCCGGGGAUUAAAGUAAGAAUUUUAGGAAGCAACGUACUAGUUAGAAUUUACUGCCAAAGAAAUCCGCCGCUUGCAUUGAAAGCACUCAAUGAAAUGGAGAGACUUCAUUUCACCGUCAUCUGUAAUACCGUUCUUCCAAUAUCUGGCACUGCUGCUCUGAUAACCAUUACUGCUCAGAUGAGUGAAGAAUAUGUCAUGACAGCCAAGGAUCUUGUCAAAUGCUUGCAAUUAUGUCUUUCAAAUUCUCGAUGACAUGGAGUUUUGAUCUGAAGAUUUAAUAUUGGAGUAGUACAAGUACCUAACCUCCUUUCUCUAUUUUGUACGUUGCCUUAGAAAAUAACGUGGUUUCAAAACAAUAUGUUAUAAUUCUGAGGUAGAUAUUUCUUCAACGGUGGGCAGAAGAGUACUUUUGUGAUGUUUCGGUAUCUUUUGCCAUUCUUAUAUUUUUAGUAGUUGAACAAAUGAUCAAAACGUUGUACGCGAUGGUAUAUGUAUAAAAGGUUGUGUGAUUUUCGGACGACUA